AUGGACACGGAAGGGAGCCAAAGCAGCCUGUCCUCUGCGGACUCCCCGCACGACCCUUGCAAAAUGUUCAUCGGAGGGCUGAGUUGGCAGACAACACAAGAGGGGCUGAAGGAAUACUUUUGUAAAUUCGGCGAGGUAAAGGAGUGUAUGGUGAUGCGAGAUCCGGUUACGAAGAGAUCGAGGGGAUUCGGAUUUGUCACAUACGUAGACCAAACCGGCGUGGAUAAAGUUUUGGCACAAAACAGACAUGAGCUGGAUUCGAAAACAAUUGACCCAAAAGUGGCGUUCCCACGGAGAGCUCAGCCUAAGUUGGUGACCAGAACAAAGAAGAUCUUUGUUGGAGGUCUGUCAGUAAACACCACGAUUGAAGACGUGAAAGAAUAUUUUGACCAGUUUGGAAAGGUUGAUGAUGCCAUGCUCAUGUUUGACAAAACCACCAACAGACACAGAGGCUUCGGUUUUGUGACCUUUGAGAAUGAAGACGUGGUGGAGAAGGUGUGUGAAAUCCAUUUCCACGAGAUCAACAACAAAAUGGUGGAAUGUAAGAAAGCCCAGCCAAAGGAAGUGAUGUCACCGACCGGCUCGGCCAGAGGGCGUUCCCGGGUCAUGCCUUACGGAAUGGAUGCGUUCAUGUUGGGAAUCGGCAUGCUGGGUUACCCAGGAUUCCAGGCGACCACUUACGCCAGUCGUGGCUACACCGGGAUCACGCCCGGUUACACCUACCAGUUCCCUGAAUUCCAUUUAGAGAGGACUCCCCUUCUGACCACCUCCCAUCCCCCUGAGAUCACAGCCAUUCCACUGACGGCAGCCUACGGGCCCAUGGCGGCGGCCGCGGCGGCAGCAGCAGUGGUCAGAGGUACAGGAAAUGACACGCUGAAGCAUGUGACAUCACCAGGCUCUACCCCUUCACGUACUGCUGGAUUUCUGGGGACUAGCAGUCCUGGGCCAAUGGCAGACCUGUAUGCAGCAGCCAAUCAGGAUUCAGGAGUGAGCAGCUAUAUCAGUGCAGCUAGCCCCGCCCCCAGCACAGGGUUUGGACAUGGACUAGGGGGUCCAUUGAUUGCUACUGCCUUUACCAAUGGCUACCACUGAGAGAUGUCCAAUCAACAUUGAAC